AUGUUUAUUUUGGUCUCAGACUAUGCUUUAAUAUUAUCCUCCCCACCAGCCCAAAGCUCGGCCCAGUAUACGGAUCUAGAACCUCCCUUCAGACGACGACUAACUACAUCCAGCUCAAAAGACCAACACACUCCACAUGGCCCAAACAUACCAACCCCCGGAGGCCCACGCCGAAAACCCUCCCCCACACAACCCAACGACCGCAAUCGAGGCUGGACAAAGCCCCGGACUGCCCCGCCGAAGAACCUCAACCCUCCAACACCAGGAAAAGAAGAGAAGAAGGAAGAGGGGAGCGCGAACCUUAGGAACGAUCACCACGAGAGCGACAAUCGACCUCGGCGACCCCGGUAUCGUCGUCGUGAAGCCGGAACGACACAUCAAGUCCGACUAUGGCCAAACAGGGGGAAAUCCACUGGGACCCGCGAGCACCCAGCGAGCCAUGGUCCCGCCCUGGCGCUAGACGGAGCCGCGCGGGUGCGAGCCUCUGCCGGAGGGGCGGCGUUGGACGGAAAAUGGAAGAAGAAACGACUGAUUUUUAGGGAUUUUAACUCAAUCGCUUUUAGAGAGAGAAAAUUGGAAAUCGAGCCAUGGUCCCGCCCUGGCGCUAGACGGAGCCGCGCGGGUGCGAGCCUCUGCCGGAGGGGCGGCGUUGGACGGAAAAUGGAAGAAGAAACGACUGAUUUUUAG